CAAGUUGACACCUUUCCCAUACACCUUUUUAAAAACCUAUUUUUUUAAAAUUCCCAAAUUAACCCUUUCAAUUUAAUAAACAAACACAUUUACCGUUUCACCCCUGCCAUCCUACAAAAUCCCCAUCCCAAAUAAACGAAAGUGCAUCCCCUCAUAAGCUCUUUCUUUUCUCUCUAUCGGAGACUCGUAAUGGAGAAAGGCGAGGGCUCAGCGGCCGAGAAAGACGCGGAGGAGACAACCCAGCACCACCUCACGAUUCCCGCCGGGUUGACUCAGGAUGAGUUCGAUGACUUGAAGCGGAUCGUGGCCGAGUUCCACAAGUACCCGGUGGGUCCCGGAAAAUGCUCUUCCCUACUCGCGCAGCGCGUGUACGCUCCGCUCGACGCGGUGUGGUCGGUGGUGCGCCGCUUCGACAAGCCCCAGACCUACAAGCACUUCAUCCGGAGCUGUACGGUCAAGGAGGGGUUUAAAAUGACCGCAGGGUGCACGAGGGACGUCAAUGUCAUCUCCGGGCUACCGGCGGCCACCAGCACGGAGCGGCUCGACUUGCUUGACGACGACUGCAAAUACAUCAAUACAAGGAAACACAAAUCUAAUUUGCAAUAUCAGAUGAAUAGGAGCAAAAGAUUUGGGGGAAAAAUAAGGAUAGGAGACAUGAAGCCCCAACAAAGAGGCAUAAAGCCCCAACAAAGAGGCAAGAAGCCCCACCAAAGAGGCAAGAAGCCCCACCAAAGAGGCAAGAAGCCUAGAAGCAUGAAGCCCCAAAAACGAGCAGGAAAGCUCGAGCAUGAACUGCGAAAGAAAAUAAAAAACCAGGGAAGAGAGAUAGGGAGAGGGGUAGAGACCUUCUCCUGA